AUUGCCAUAAAGGCAGGAAGAAAAGCACGAAGAAGGAAGGAUCAGAUAUGGCAGCACUUUUUAAAGCUCGAAAAGCUCUGGCCAUGGCUGUGAAUUAUGGCACUAGGAGCUUGACUCAGCUGGCAGAAUUACCUGAGCUCCAUCAAAUGCUGAGGCAGACAUGUCGGGACUAUGCAGAAAAAGAACUUGCCCCAGUUGCUGGACAGCUGGACAAAAAUCACACAUUUCCAGCCAAGCAGGUUCGAGAACUUGGAGCAAUGGGUGUGAUGGCUGUGGAGGUUCCAGAAAGUCUUGGGGGAGCUGGAAUGGAUUAUCUUGCCUACAGCCUAGCUGUUGAGGAGUUAAGCAGAGGCUGUGCCUCCACUGGAGUUAUCGUUAGUGUCAAUAAUUCUUUAUACCUGGGCCCAGUUCUGGCAUUUGGCACAGAGGAACAAAAACAGCAAUGGAUCUCUCCCUUUACCACUGGGGAAAAAGUAGGCUGCUUUGCUUUGAGUGAACCAGGCAAUGGAAGUGAUGCAGGUGCUGCCUCCACGCUGGCACGUCAAGAAGGAGAUGAAUGGGUGCUAAAUGGCACCAAGGCAUGGAUUACCAACUGCUGGGAUGCAUCUGCUGCAGUGGUCUUUGCCACAACAGACAAGAGCUUAAAACACAAGGGAAUCAGUGCCUUUCUGGUGCCUAUGCCUCAUCCAGGCUUGUCUCUAGGAAAGAAAGAAGAUAAACUGGGAAUCCGAGCCUCUUCCACAGCAAACUUGAUUCUGGAGGAUUGCCGCAUCCCUCUUGGCAACUUGCUUGGCCAGCGUGGGAUGGGCUUCAAGAUUGGCAUGCAAACUCUGGACAGCGGGCGGAUUGGAAUAGCUUCCCAGGCACUUGGCAUUGCACAAGCAGCUCUUGACUGUGCAGCUGAUUAUGCUCACAAGAGGACAGCUUUUGGAGCACCAAUUGCAAGGCUGCAAGCCAUACAGUUUAAAUUGGCAGACAUGGCUGUGGCACUAGAAAGUGCUCGUCUGCUCACCUGGAAAGCUGCAAUGUUACGAGAUGCAAAGAAACCUUACUCCAAGGCAGCUGCAAUGGCCAAGCUGGCUGCAUCUGAGGCAGCAACAUUUGUUUCACAUCAGGCCAUCCAGGUGUUGGGGGGAAUGGGUUAUGUAACAGACAUGCCUGCUGAAAGACACUACCGUGACGCUCGCAUUACAGAGAUCUACGAGGGUACCAGUGAGAUUCAGAGACUGGUCAUUGCAAACCAGGUUUUGAAGGAAUAUCAACAAUAGGAUGGCAUUGUGAAAAGUGCUGACAUCGACUUUCUCCAGUGACUUCUAACAGUGUUGUGCCUGGAAUCUCCAAAUGAUGAACAGUUUUGCUUAUUGACAUCACAAACCACAAGGACAUUUUUCUGACCUAGGUUAUCAUUGCAGAGAUUUGAUUGCAGAGGUUGACGAAGUGCUGUAAGACCAGCCACAGGUGAUUUUUUUUUUCUUACCACAAGAGUGCAGCAGAGUGCCUGUACUUACUGCCUUUACCUGUGCUUGACUGAAGAUCACCUCACAGGACACUCAUGAAUGAGACUGAUAAACUCAAGGAUUGCUUGCAGUGGCAUGUACUAUAAAUUGGUGUUUGGUUGCACAUAAUGAUUACUUGAAUUCAGUUGACAAUUUUAAAAUAAACAUCACAGUUUAUUUGGUCUUUU